AUGGGCGAACGUGGCAGUGGAACACGAAAAGUUCUUCAAUCAGUUGCUGACAGUCUUGGAAUUCAUUUACAUUUUGCAGAAUGUUGUGAUAUUGUCACGUCAAUUCCAACACAAACUGAACAGAAAAUUCUUUACACUUUGCAUCGUGCGACAAAUUGUCAACCGGUGAUUCUUUGUUUCAAUGAUUUUGAGUUUUUGGGGAAAAAUAAUGAAGGACAUGAAGAUGUUCGUGUCAUUAACUUCUUCAGAGUUGAAUUGGAGAAAUUGUUCACGAAACAUAACUUUGACAAUCCUAUCAUCAUUGUUGCGUUAGUCACCAGCAAUCAACCUUUGAAGUCGAAGAAAAUUAGCGGACUCUUCUUAGAAACGAUCGCAAUUCAUCCAAUGGAGAAAGAAGAACGUUUUCGAUCACUUCUUUGGUAUCAUCAGCGUGAGUAUUUCGAUCGUUUAUGUUAUGCGAUAAAGAUUGGAAAGAUUGAAAACUACAUCAACAUUAACAUCUUCAAAUAUGUUGAUCAGAAAGAUUUGCAAAUAUUGCGUAGCAUUGCUGAACAAACGCAAGGUUUUAUUCUUGGUGAUUUACGUGUUUUAUAUCAAAAAUCAAUCGACGACUUCUCUGAUGAUCCAAGAAACUUCCAGUUAAACGAAGAUACAUUUAAGAAGCAACUUGCUGAAAUAAAGAAAUGCUUUAGUGAUAGUAUUGGAACGCCUGAGAUCCCUCGAGUCAAAUGGGACGAUAUUGGAGGCUUAGCAAAUUUAAAAACCGAAAUUCAGAACAGCAUUGGAUUGCCACUUCGCUAUUCUCAUUUGAUUAUGAGAAAGAAUUUAAAGCGAUCAGGAAUUCUGCUUUUUGGACCGCCAGGAACUGGAAAGACGCUCAUCGCUAAAGCAGUUGCAACUGAAUGUAAUUUAAGUUUCUUGUCAGUGCAAGGCCCUGAAUUACUCAACAUGUAUGUUGGUCAAUCAGAACAGAAUGUGAGAGAAGUGUUUGCAAAAGCAAGAGCGUCUGCACCUUGUGUCGUGUUUCUUGAUGAACUCGACUCAUUAGCUCCAAAUCGUGGUGUUGCUGGCGAUUCUGGUGGAGUUAUGGAUCGUNAAUCGAGUUCCUGUUGUUUGUUGUGA